GGCUGAGAGAGUCAAAAGGCUCUGCUACAAAAAUACAGUAGCUCGCUGUGGUUGGUUUCCGUUGGCCAUGGACUCGAUUAGCCUAGCACGAAAGCUGAGAUCUCUCUGCAUCGCGGGAGAGCUAUGUGAGGCCGUGAGUCUCCUCCACCGGAGCGCCGUGCGCCCCGUCCCAGGCGCCUACGCGCUCCUUCUCCAGGAAUGCGUGAACCGGAAGGACGCGAGGGUCGGCAAGAGGAUCCACGCGCGCAUGGUCGCCACCGGGUACAGGUGCGGCGACUACAUCGCCACCAAGCUGCUCAUCUUCUACGCCAAGAUCGGGGAGCUCGGCGUCGCCCGGAGCCUGUUCGACGGAAUGCCGACCAGGGGCGUCGUGGCAUGGAACGCGCUGAUAUCAGGGUGCACCCGCGCCCGCUUGGAGGCGCAGGCGGUGGAGAUGUUCGGCGCGAUGCGGGCGGAGGGGCUGCGGCCGGACCAGUUCACGUUCGCGUCCGUGCUCUGCGCGUGCGCCAGGCUGGCCGCGCUGGAGCACGGCCGGCGCGUGCACGGCGUCAUGGCCAAGUCUGGGGACAUCGUCGCCGGGAAUGUAUUCGCCAACAGCGCGCUCGUCGACAUGUACCUCAAGUGCAGCAGCGCCGAGGACGCGCGCCGGGUGUUCGCGGCCGCGCCCGAGAGGAACGUCACCAUGUGGACCGCCGUCAUCUCCGGGCAUGGCCAGCACGGGCAUGUGCGCGAGGCGCUGGCGCUGUUCCAGCAGAUGACGCGGGACGGGUUCCGGCCGAACGACGUGACGUUCCUCGCCGUGCUCUCCGCAUGCGCGCACGGUGGCCUCGUUGACGAGGGGCUCAGGCACUUCUCUUCCAUGCCGUCGGACUACGGCCUCACCCCGAAGGCCGAGCACUACGCGGCGGUGGUUGACAUGCUCGCCAGGGUUGGCAGGCUCCGCGACGCCUACGAGCUCGUCAAGAACCUGCCGGACAGCCAGGAGCACUCGGUGGUCUGGGGCGCACUGCUGGGUGCCUGCAGGAAGCACGGCGGUGACUUGAAGCUGGUCGAGCUCGUGGCGCAGCGCUUCUUCCGGCUGCAGCCGGGGAACGCCGGCAAGUACGUCGUCCUGGCGAACACGUACGCAGCCUGCGAUAUGUGGGACAGCGUGGCCGGUAUGCAUGAGGCCAUGAAGUCGCUCGGCAUUAGGAAGGACCCUGCUUGGAGCGCCAUGGAAGUCCACGGGAAGAAGCACUUCUUCCUGUCCAGAGACACAUACCACGACGAGUGCUCCGCUAUAUAUGAGGCCUGCAAUGCAUUGGCCCGUACAAUCACGGAGCAUUCCAUGCGACCUAUGGACGGCAUCAGCCAUCGCAACUGCCAUUCGUCCAGUGAACUCGGACAAGAGAUAGAACAGUUGAUCUCCGGAAGCAACAAAUACAGAUUUGCCGGCCCACACGACCAUCUAUGUUGCUGGUACCGAAAUGCUUUGAACGUACUUGGGAGCUCACUUUUUACCUGAAAGUAGCAUCUAUAAGUUCAGCACUUGGCUCUUGCAUUGAUUUUGGAUCUUAACAACCGCGUAACAUACAAGCAGUGCUAAGUGGUGCACUUGAUGUUGCACGAAUUGUUAGGCUACUGGUGCAUAUUUACCAUGAGAUCACCAAGGUACACAAACUUCCAUCCUUUGAGGCUUGCUCUGACUGCCAGAUCCAUGUCUUCAACGGUGGUUCGGUCCUUCCAGCCUCCUGCCUCAUUAAGAGCUGAUAUGCGCCACACACCAGCGGUUCCUGUUCGACAUAUAUCUUGCAAGUUAAGAAAGGGAACAGAGGAUGCAAAGUGUGACUGCUGCUCAAAUUCAUUGCCAAGAAUGUACUAAUAUCUAUUAGUUACCCCAGGUAUAUUUCUGGAGAAUUUGAUCCCUCAGUUUGUUUCCAUAAUUUAUUAUCUACAAAAGAAAAUGUGAGUAUUUUCUCGGAUAACGAACUACUCGAUGUCAAUGUUGUUUGUGCAAUUUAUGAUUCUGCUUAAAGGUC